AUGUCAUCACCACCGAACAUAACCCAAUCACCCUCCGACAUCGCCACCCCCUCACCACCACUACCCUGCAUCCUGAAACGAAAAGCAGCAACAGAAAAGGACAUGUUCAAGCCCAACAAGCGGCCGGCGUACAGCACGCCUCAAAAAUCCAACUUCGCGCAACCAUAUCAGGAGGAACAACGAAAAGUGCAGAACGACCUCCCCAUGUGCCCAGACAUCCUCAACGACAUAGUCAUCCCAACCAGGGUCAUACCAGCGGGCAUCAAGCAUCCAUUCGCCCAAAAGGUUGUGGCAGGCGACGAGACAAAGAUGUACCGAUGGGCCGAGAAGCACAGAGACAAGGCUCACGUGCGCCAAAACAAGCAUCUGAGUCCAGAAGAACGUGAAAGAGUGACAGCGAGAUUCCCAAAGCAGAAAGCAGCGAAAACGGAGGAACGAAAAGCGAGAGUACCCGAGAACGCCGAAUUCAUCAGAGCUAUCGAUGUCAGCAUCACAGCUCUCCACGACAAACUUUACAAGACCGGCUGGACCAAGCAUGAGACCAAAGAGGAAGUGCAAGCCGCCAAGUUCCUGCAUCGUUGCUGGAAGGAACUCAAGGUUGCUGCGGUGUUUCAACACGGUUCGUUCGAGCAUAAGGAUCUGGACAGAUAUGGCCUGGUGUUUAGCGAUUAUUGGCACGAGGUUGACAACAAGGACAACGCGAAGUUUUGGAUACCGAGGUGGACUAAGGACAAGACGCAUGGACGUUUAGUAUUGGGCUGGCAGUAUUUGAGGAACUGA